CACUCUCGCACUCGCACUUUCUUGCACUCAGGUAAAUGAAAACACUCGCGUAACAAACAUGAAGCUUUACUAUUCACAGUACAGCUCACUCAAGCUUUAAACAAGAAUAAUUCUCUGAUCUACAAUUCUUGCGUCUGUCUACGAUGACAGCUUGCCGGAAACUCUCUAUCAGCUGUUGUUGUUUUCUUAUCGAUUUUCUGUCGUCCAGACAAUCUUCGUUCAGUUAUCAAAAUCAGCAUCAGAUGCCUAAGGCUCAUGGACAACGGACGCUGCCACAAACCUUGUGGCUCGAACACAACAUUGCUCCCCCUCUUUGAAAAAUUGUCGUCCCGACAAUUCUCUUAGGCAAGGUCAUCCUCUUCCUUGACUCCAGAGAUCUUCAUGACUCCUGUCCUACCCUGAGCUGCUGCUACAGGUUACCGGAUUCCUGAUCUCAAUCAAGGAUUCUGAGGAUCUUGACUCUUCGCCUUCAGAACAUCAUCUCUAUCCUCGUCCUCUAGGAGGUGAUCAGUCUCCAGGACCUUUCUAAAACGAUCCGCUUGUUAUUCCGCUUCUUCGUCCGUUUCCUCCUUGGUUCCUCUUCAGACGGGGGGGGGGGAUUCCCGUGGACCCAACGUUCUUUUAAAGAACACCCCAAGUCCCUGCCUCAGCAUUCACCCAAUGCCCCACGGAAAAACUACAGUCAAAAACCGUGGGUAAGGCAGUCUUCUUAGUCCGUUGUAGAUGGACAAACUCUGACAAGUUGGAGAACGAUUCCGGGAAAAGCGAUAAAAAACGAUGUUACUAAAAAACAAAGAAAUGAAUAAACCUUUAUUCUUAAAAACAAAUAACCUACAUUUGUUAUCGGGCUCAGACUUUCAACAGACAUCAAAUCGUUCGUUCACAAAAAGAAGCUAGCCUAUCAGAAUGAACCAUUUUCUUCCUAUGCCUUUUCGACCUCUGAAUACAAUAAACAACAUCGCUCAAUUUCUUGACAAUUUCAAAAGGUCCUUCCCAAUGCGACUGUAGCUUCGGCGCUUUUCCUACUCUUCGAUGAGGAUUGAAAAACCAAACUUUACUUCCCUCGGCAAAAUGACACUUUCUUGCAUUUUGAUCAUAACGAAAUUUGGCAGAUAAAGAUUUUUGAUAUAAAUUUUGCCUAGCGACUUCAUGAACGGUAUCUAGUAUAACGGUAUCAAUAGUUUUUUUCGAAGCUGUUGGCAAUAAUCACUUGACAUCUUUGUCCUGGAAGGAGGAAUUCCGCGCAACAAAUCUAAUGGCAACUUGAGUUCUCGGCCAAAAUAUAACUCAGCUGGUGAAAUUCCAGUGGAUUCAUGUUUCGAGGAACGAUACGCGAGAAAAAACAUCGGUAUCCAAACGAUCCCAAUCUUUCUGAUUUUCAGAAAUAAAUUUUGAUAAAUAAUUUACAAUAGUGAAAUGCUGCCGCUCCACUUGACCGUCAGAUUGCGGAUGCAAUGCAGAAAUACGUGUCUUUUUAAUUCCUAACAACCUCGAAACUUCCUGGAACAACCGAGAUUCAAAAUUUCUGUGUGGUCUGUAUGGAGUUCAAGAGGCACCCCAUGUCUGGAAACAAAUUGUUUCACGAAUACAUCCGCCACAGUAGAAGCUCUCAUAUUCCUGACAGGAAAAGCUUCGACCCAUGUGAAACAAUCCACAAUUACCAAUAAAUUGAUGCCAAACCAAAAAAUAAAAACCACCUAUUUCCUGAAAAAGCAGUAGGAAGAGGUCCAAGAAUAUCCAUUUGAAGUCUCUCUAUUUGGAGAAACAGUUUGUCAAAGCGGUCGCUGUUGGUCUUUUCAAUGAUUUUUCGCCGAAUUAUUCACAUUUGAAGAAAAAAUCAGUCAUAUCGAAACGAUUAAGAAAGCAUUUUAAAGAGGAGAUUUUGUACUAUCACAUGCCUUUUAUCGGAUUGCAUUACGAUGCUUUGUCAUCCGCCAUUUUCAUUGAGUUUUAGGAAAGCUACAUCUGGUAUCGAUGAUACGGAUUUUUCGAACACUAUUUCUUCGUUUGCUUGUAUCUCAAUUAUUUUUUAUAACUGCUGACCAUAAAAAGUCAUGAAUAUUCUUAAAGACAAGAAAAAUCUGCUAUGAAAAGGAGGCGAAAUAAUCAAUUAAUAAUUGGAUUAUCAGAUUUGGAUGAUAAACAUCAUAAGACAUCUUCAAAAAUAGCGAAUAAAAGCUAUAUAAUGGAAAGAAAUAAAAUGAAAAUGAAAGUUAAAGCAAACGAUGAAAAGAUGAUCAAGACAAAUGCACGGAGUAAAAAUGUCGAAUUCUUCAAAGAAGAUUUAGAAACACCUAAUAAAAAGAAACGAAAGUUAGAAGAAGUGUCAUUUACAGAUUUUAAUAUGGAAACGUUACAGCAAAAACAGAAAACAGAUGUAGAUAUAAAUAUCAAUGUAAAAUUAAGUCCUAGCUUUGCACAAUGUACGGAAUGGACCGACAUUGAUUACAUCAGUGAGAUUAAUAAUAUUGAUAGACAUAUUGCAGAAAAUGUAGUAAAGCUUUUUAAGGAGGAUAAUACAAUACCUUUCAUCGCAAGAUACAGGAAAAAUAUGACCGGAAAUAUAGAACCGGACAAGUUGAGAGAGCUUAAGAACAGUUUCGACGAAGUUAAAAUUAUUAAACAUCGUGUCACGGAAAUUAUUAAAGCGAUCAACAAAUUAGGAUGUUGGUCACCAGAAAUUCAUUCUAUUAUAACAUCUACAAAAUCUCUUGCCGAUCUUGAAUAUAUUUAUUCCUUAUUUAAACCAACAGCAAAACGAUCUCUAGCGGAAAAAGCAAGAGAAUUAGGUCUGCUGAGUAUUAGUAAUGCCAUUUUACAAGGGCAAGAGAUACCGUUGUUGGCGUCUUUGGUAGACAAACAAAAGGAAGGCUUAAGAAAUGAGAAGGAAGUGGAAGAUAGUAUUAUACAUAUAAUAGCAGACAUUGUUAGUAAGAAUAAGGAAAUUUUGGAAAAAGUUAUUAUUUUGCGGAAAACGUCCGUCAUAGAGAUACAAACAAUUCAACGUAAAACAAAAGAAAGUGUAGAAGACGAGCCAAAAAAUAUGUUGGAUAAGCAGAAAUACGAAAUGUAUUUCAAUUUUAAAAUAAUUGAAAGAAACAUUAAGCCACAUCAAAUAUUAGCUAUUAACCGAGCUGAAUCAAGAAAAAUUCUCUCUAUAAAAAUUGUUAUUCCUGAUACUUUCGAAAAAACUUUCAAGAAAUAUUGUUUGUCACGUUAUUCAUUUGCAGCAAACGUAACAAGAUUGCAUAUGGAUUUAUUUAGCAAAAGUGUUGAAUAUGCUUAUAAAAAUUUGAUUAAACGACUAGUGAUACGCCGUGUGAAAACUGAAAUGAAAAUUAGAGCAGAGACAGCAUCCAUAGAAGUUUUCGCAGCUAAUGUUAAGCAAUUACUUCUAGCUCCUCCGGUUCGAGGCAAAAUUAUCCUUGGUAUAGAUCCAGGUUUCAGUCAUGGAUGUAAACUUGCUGUUGUGUCGGAAUGCGGCGAUCUUCUCGACACAAAUGUGAUAUAUCCUCAUACAAAUUCCAAAACAGCUUAUGAACGCUCAGUUGAUAUAUUAGUAAAAUUAAUGAAUAAGUAUAAAUGCACAGUAUUAGCAUUAGGAAACGGUACGGCAUGUAGGGAAACCGAAUUGUUUGUCAAAGAAAUAAUAAAAUCAAAAGCGCUCGGCACUCUAGAUGUCAAAUAUAUUAUUGUCAACGAGGCUGGAUCUUCAGUUUAUAGUUGUAGUCCUGAAGCAAAAUCUGAAUUUCCAAAUAUUGAUGUUAAUUUGAUAUCAGCUAUUUCGAUAGCAAGGCGUCUGCAAGAUCCACUAGCUGAAUUGGUUAAAAUAGAUCCGAAACAUUUAGGAGUUGGAAUGUAUCAACACGAUCUUCCUGAAAAGCAAUUAAUAAAUGCUCUAGACGAAGCUAUCACUGAAGCUGUAAGUUUUAUUGGAGUCGAUAUCAAUACAGCUUCAAAAUGUCUUCUGCGAAGAGUGGCUGGUCUUACAAAUUCUAAAGCUGUGAAUGUCAUAGAUUGGAGAACUAAACAUGGUACAUUCAAAAAUAGAGCACAAUUGUUAAAUGUGAAAGGUAUCGGCAGCAAGACGUUUGAGCAGUGCGCAGGAUUUAUAAGAAUUUUGCCAGAAACAGCAUCAAUUAAUCAAAAUAUAGUGACAGAGAAGAAAUCGAAGAAUCCACAGAAUGAUUUCAAUUUAUUAGAUCAAACGUGGAUCCACCCAGAAUCGUAUACAAUAGCGAAUAAAUUUAUAAAAUACUGCCAAUGUAAUUUGAAUGAUUUUGGUACAUCUAAAUUUAUUGAAAAAAUAAAUUUAUACGCGAAUGGAAAAUAUACGGAAUUGGCUGAACAGUUUGAUACCAACAAAGCUACAAUAGAAAUUAUAAUUAAAAGUCUAACUAUGAAGAAAGAUGAAGAUAUACGAUCGACAUUAAAUCAUCCAUUGUUCAAUGACAAUAUGCGAAAUAUCGGUGAUUUGAAUAAUGGUACUACAUUAAAUGGUAUCAUACGAAACGUUACACACUUUGGCGUGUUUGUAGAUAUUGGAGUUGGUACAAAUGGAUUGAUACACAUUAAAUAUUUAAAAAAUCAGUCUUUGCGUAUAGGACAAUAUGUAACAGUGAAAGUAUUGUCCGUUAAACAAGAUUGUAAUAGAAUAAGUCUCGAACUGAUGAAAAUAUUAUAUUAAGUUGGUGCAAAAAUAAUUGCAAUUUUUACGUAUUGAACGCAUAUAUCAGUUAAAAAUUAUAUUUAUUAAUCAAAAUAAAGACCAUUGGCCUGCAUAUAUUUCCCCCACCGGGAAACAAGUUUGUUUAUUCCUACAAGAUAGAAUUCUGAAAAAGAUAACGAUAACUUAACGAGAAAAAUCGGCGCCAACUUAUGAAUUUAAAAUGAUUAAAACCGCAAUUAUUUUUGCACCAACUUAAUAAAUCAUUGCAUGAAUUAACUAAUAAUUAUGAUGAUGUAACAAUGAUAUAUCAAUAACGUUUAUCUUCAAUUAAUUAGUCUUUCGCUAGAAAAUACGUCUUCGAAAAGUGGAUACCUAUUUAUGAAUAUCAUAUAUAGGGUGCUCUAAAAAGGUCGGGACUCUUAAAAAUCUCGAAAGAUUCAAGUUUUACAGAAAAAUGUUUCAGACAAAAGUUAUAGGGCUCAAAACGAUGUAUUUACUGAUAUUAUCAGUUUGAAUAGCAUUGCCAAAGUCAGGUCAAGGUCAACUUAAUUUUUUUUAAUUGAAACUCCCAUUUUUAUUAUAUAAUUUU